GAUGCUGAUGUUGAUAACAGCCGUUGAGUGAUAGAAUGGUCUUGUGUCACUAUUUCCCCUGACACUCGGCAAUUUUAGACGAGGCCAUGAAGCUGGGCAGAGUAUCGAUCACGCUGGGCGUGGUAUUUUUCGCAGCCUGCCUGAUAGAAAUCUUUGGCAUCGUGAGCUCCGUCACGCGGCAGCUUACGCUUGUACGAAUAUAUGUGGACCUGGCCUUUCUUUCUGCCGUGUUGUUGGCCGCCGUCGGCGUUCUCGAUGCUAUCGCAUAUUUUGCCUUCGCGGAUGAUAUCAUUGAGGAAUGCAUAUCAUUGUCUUCCAGAGGUGCUCUUGACGUAAAGUCGCUCUUUCGGGGUAGCGCAUGGCCGAGACAACCGAUUCUCUACGUAGAGGACGCCCAAAGACAAUGCGUUAACGCUUGGUCAAAGCACGCCUCCAGCGAAGUUCUUUCUAUUCUUUUUUUCUAUCUGCUCCCUUCAACCUUCUCUUAUCUUCUCGCCUAUACAUACCAUCGACGAAUGCCCGCUCCGCGAAACCGCCGUCGAGAACCCAUCCGAAUGGAACGUUUUGUCAACGGCAACAGUACUAGCCAAAGUCCGGUAUACAACACGAAGUCCGAUGACUCUCCUUCAGGUUCAGAAAGACCAAAGAAAAGUGGUGGACGAGGGGUGCCACUCGCAUCGCCGGUGAAAGGCAGUCGAUGGACUGAUUCCUCAACUGUGUCCUUGUCCCCGGGUCCGCCCAGUUAUGGUACUGUUGGGAAUUAUUUCAGACUUCAUGAUGUUCAACUCAGCGCCAAUUGCGCCGAGUGAGGGUCUACUCCACCACAUCUGAUUCCGAAGUUUUACUUCCUUAAGUGUCUAGCACCGUAGCCCUAGCGUCUUCGUAUAGUUUCAUAUUGUCAAAUAGUCCGUAUCUCUCUGUAUAAUCUGGUCUCGAA